UAUUCCACAUCUCACACACACACACACACCGACACACACACAGACACACACACCGAGCUCCGCGCUCCGGCCGCCCGCACUUUGUUUCUGUUCCUCCGCGGAGUGUCACCGUGUCUCCGGCGGAUACCUGCGCGCACGGAGGGCGGCCCGCACUGGGAGGGGUCCGAGGAAGGAGCGACAGAAAGUUCCACACGGUCCUGACCGGAGAGGGGCUCCGCACGCAGCGGACACCGAGGCAGCGACGAGCCGCAACUUGGCCGAACCCGGGCGGCGUCACUCCGAACUGAGCUCGAAGUUUCCCCGCGGCCGAUCGGAGAAGGAAAUAACCUGGAGCUUCACCGCUGUUGUGGAUUUUAACGUCCACCUUGGGUCCCGUGCAGAAGAAUGGCGAGAGGCUACGCAGCGCGCCGCCCGGUGUCCCCGGUGAGGAGCACUUGGCUGGCGGCGGCGGCAGCGGCGGUGGUCCUCCUCGUGGCUGAAGGUAUCAGCGCUCAGAAAGUGCGAGUGGAGGAGGAGCUGGAGGCGUAUCCCACGGAGUCGGUCGACCUGCAUUGCCAAUUCAUCGACGGAGCGGGACGGACCAAGCUCACACAGGUGUCUUGGAUAUGGGAACCCUCCGAGGGCCAGAGGGACAACAUUGCUGUUUACCACCCGAGCUACGGACAGAGUUUCCCCAACUUGGCUUUCAAAGAACGGGUCGUGUUCCUGAACAACAGCCUGGAGAACCCGUCCAUCAGGAUCUCUCACCUGAGGAUGUCCGAUGCCGGUCGGUACACCUGCGAGUACGCCACCUAUCCCUCUGGAAACGAGCAAGGCACGACCACCCUCAUCAUGCUCGCCAAGCCUAAGAACUCAGCCAAGGUGGUGACAGUCCAGGCCGGCACCAAAUCGGUGGUGGUAGCCCAGUGCGAGGCGGCGGAUGGCAAACCGGCAGCGACCAUCAAGUGGCUGGCGUCGGUCGGAGGCAACCACUCGACCAGCACCACAAAUGGCCCCGACGGGACGGUGACGGUACGCAGCGAAUAUCGCCUGGUUCCCACGCCGACGGAUAACGGCAGAGAGGUGACCUGCAUGGUGGAGCAGAGGACGCAGGAGCGGCCGUGGGUCUACCCUCUUAAACUCUCCGUGGAGUACCCGCCCUCCGUGUCCAUAGAGGGUUACGACAACAACUGGUACGUUGGCCGCUCGGACGCCGUGCUCCAAUGUCUGGCCAGCGGGAACCCAGCGCCCACCACCGUGACCUGGACCGCGGCGUCCGGUUCUCUGCCCGACACGGUGGUGGUGGAAGGAAACAAGCUCCUGGUGCGGAAGGUGGACGACGCCGUCAACACCACCUUCAUCUGCGAGGUCAAGAACAAGCACGGGGCCAGCAGGCACCAGAUCACCACCAUCGUCAUCGAAGCCCUGGAGGAUCCGCUCAGUGCCGGCGUCGUGGCGGGCGCCGUGAUCGGCUCCCUCCUGGCCCUGCUGUUGGUUGUCACGCUCAUUGCCGUUCUCCUGAGCCGCAGCCGCCGACAGCAGAGGCGCGGCUAUCCCAGCAGCGGCGACUCCAUAGCGACGGGCAGCGGGGGCAGCAACGGCGGAGACUAUGGCAACAAAGCUCGGCUGCUUUUCAGCGGCACCGGCAGCAACAGCGGCAAGAACGGGACUGGAGCGAACAACAACGGGCCCAUCUACACGUAUCGGGAAGGCUGCGACGCCACGGGUACUCUGACGGAAAAGGCCAACGACUUCCACCAUCACCAUCUCCACCACUCGUCCACCAGCAAGCCCCCGUCUGCCCAUGACAUCCUCCUCAGUGGCGACAUGGGUGAAGCCGAGAGGAGGAAGUUCGACCUGGACGACAGCAUGGAGGAGGAAGAGGAGCAGUAUGAUAGGUUCGGAGGCGUCGGGGGAGGCGGGAACAUGCUUCCCCCGGCCUAUCACAUGCGCAGAGGCCAUGGCGGUGAGGAGGAAAUGGACGUGUACCUCGACGACGACAUGGAGUCUCAAAGAGAUGGCUCUGUCAUUUCCCGGACUGCCAUUUAUGUCUGAGGUCGCAGGGCAGGAAAGAUGAGGGGCUGAGAAUAGGGAACGGAGAUGUGGUGGAGGAAGUGGGGGAGUCCGAGCCUGCCCCCUUAAUAAAUCAACAUGGCCUCCAUCAGCUAUAAACACCGACCUGCUUCACAUUCAACCCGAUUAAAGAGACGCCAUCAAUUAUAUCCUCUCUGCUUGACUGUGUCAUUUUACAAAAAGAGGAUUGAAAGAAACGUGAUAAAUUCAGAAUGAAGUUGUUGUGAAGCGGAUGAAAGGGAAACCUGUGGUGGCAGAGGUGCACUGUGGGUAAUCAUGUGUGUAACUGCAUCAUGGAGACGGAUUUUUUUCAGUGUCGGCCGAAUGUGGCAAAAAAAAAAAAGCCACAGAAACUCUGGACGCGAUGCUAACUGCUUCGUUCUUGUUCCUUCAGCUUUGCUAGUGUGUUGACGUGCUGAGUGUUUGUAUUUUCUACGAUAAAAACGUAAUCUGCAAAGCCGCAAACAGCAUAACCACAAAACCGCAGCUACUCGAGGAUUGCCUUCCUGUUUCAAAAUAAAACUCCUUCAUCUACACGUGGAAAAAGGCUUCUGUGGACGUCGGCCGCUCCGCUGCAGACUCUGGUUCUUCACCUGAACCGUUUUUAAAACUUGAAAAAGUCCAACGUUGUCCUGGCAACAACGAGGGCGUUUCCGCUCACCCCAGCGACGGCUGUGUGGAGGCGCUCAGUGACUCGGGGCUUCCUGCCCCACCCUCUGACACCGCCGGGUUUCCUGGUGGGUGCAGCCGAAGCGAGGCCACUUACCAGAAGUGACAUAACAGACUGAGCAGCGUGUGCUAAUGUGCGGCUGGCUGUGGUGUUAAUGAUGUGCAUCAUCUGUAUAUCGGGUGCCGUGUCACUAUAGCACAAUUGUUGUUGUUAUCGUCGGUGUAGAUGUUGUCGUUGUUCUCGUUGUGUAAUAGUGUUGAUCUCGAAAGAAAAGAUGCACCGGGAGCCUUGGGGGUUUCACACAGUUCCACGUUGGGUCGGUAAUGACUCAUUUAAUGGGUAAAAACAGAUUUUUCUUUGUUUGCAACUCUCUCCUCUUUCCGUCUCUACUUUUCCUCCUCUUUUAUCUCCAUGUUCUCUGCCUUUCUGUCUCCGUCUGUCUCAUGUCUUUCUGCUCCACAUGCAUCCCACACCGUUUGUUUUCCUAAGCCGUGUCCCACACACAUUACACUCCUCUCUUAUUCUGUGUUUUUCUUUAUUUACAUAACGGGCAGCUUAGAUGAGAGCCGUAAUGACUGUGUGCAGGGAGAAGGGGAUAACUCGUUUUUAUAGUCCUAUCUGGGUCGCAUUCAACCAGGCAAAAUAUUCACCGGCUUUGUUGGAGGCUGCUGCGUUUCAUUUAUUCAUUUUCCAUGUUCCGCAGAAUGUUCCUAGGAUAUGAACCGGAUUAUUCCAUGUUCUGUAUUCUGAUUGGACGGGAAGACACGGUCCAAGACACAUUUCAAGAGAGGAUGUGAACGCAGGUUAAAUGAAAUCCCAAACUCCCAGAUCUGUGUUUCUUGUACGUGGCGAAGCUGCAGCUAAACACAAAGGUUAAAAAUAGUGAGACAGGAGGAGACUCUUUGUCUUUAAUGAGACAUUAAACAUUGAGAUAACGGUGAAUUGUUCACGGAAGAUGCAGAACUGCUUUUUAAAAGUUGCAGCUUUUUAUUCUUGUGAUUUGGAGACUGCACUUAUUACAUUUCUUGUCCGAAUGGAUCAUUUUCCAACACUUCUGCUAAUCCAUAACUGAGACGUAGCUCUCAUGUGUCUGGACACAUUUGCCUUAUUGGUUUCCAGGUUUUUCCGACUCAUCUGUUUUGUUUUUUUUCAGGGCACCAAAUGGGCAGUUGUCUUAAUUAACUGUUGUAUUAUAUGACUUAGUUCUGUUGGACGUGAGGUGACACGAUAAGGCUGAAGGUCGGGUGUAAAGUAAAAAGAACAAACGGACGGUUUUGGAGCGAUGGGAACAAACUAGCCUCAUCCUCUGCUUUUCAGUCUCAUGCUCAACACACCACAUUUACUUAUACCCCAUUUACACCUGGUUUUAAAAUGGAUUCCAGGUUAUUUGAAGGCGGUUGAAUCCAGCUUGUCCAAAAGUAAAGUACAGGUGUAAAUGCACCCAGGCUGCAUUGAGGACGUACUGGGCUCUGAUUGGUCCGACCACCUCAGGAGGAUGUUGUGACGUGUAGAGUGUAAAUGCAGAUGUGUUCGAAACAGACGGACGGAAACCGUAACCGAGUGCCACUGCUCCACAACCUGCAGUUCUCACCUGAGUCCUCAACUAUGGACGUUACUCAAGACACUCGGAGUGAAGACGAGACGCUUUUUUCGGACCCACGCAAACGAGCGGAGGUGACGUGAGCGGAGGGAUCAGAUCUCAACGUCGAUAAUCAGGUUGAAUUUAUAUCCAGAUGUUGAAGCUGGAUACCAGACAUGUUUUUAAUUCCAGGUGUAACCGGGCGUCUCUGUUGCUUUAGAAGUGCAGUGUGAUUGUGUGAUUGUGUGUUGGUGGCUCGAGUCAUUUUGCAGUCAAGGAUACUGUGAGUAAAAUCAAAACUAAAACUGUGUGGUAUUAAAGGUUUUGUAUAAUCUUUGUCAUUAUCAUUAUCAUAUCAACACAGGUAAUAUUCACGGGGGAAGGAUCUGAAAAGGGAAUUAUGAUUUUUAAUGGUUCACCAAAAAUUAUUGUUCUAAGUCUCGUAUCCUUUUAUCUGGUCUUUUUUAAAUAAAUUUAAGAACAUGUUGUGAUGAUAAUUGAGACAUUUUUAACUAAACUAAACUGUCCAUGAACUGAAAGCUGAGAUAUUUGAAGCUGAGAUGUUUUCUCGUGUUAAAGCAACACAGUGUAAUGGUUACCGAGCAACAGCGCCCCCUGCAGCCACACGUGGCGAUUCAUUCUAAUUUGCUCCGCGUCCGAGCGAUAAAGUGGUUUUAACGUAAAGAGAAAAAACGAAGUCGUUCAAUGUUUAUACAGUGUGGUUCCACUCACUGAACUGAAACACAACUGGAUAUUACCCAUGAUCCUCGGCUUCCUGAACCAGAAGAGCUGCGGCUGUAACAAAUCCACCAAACUGUUCAGAACUCUUCAUGUUUCAACAGUUUCCUGCUGAAUAUUGGAGAUAAACUCUGGUUUUUAAUGACUUUUUAAAAAAAAAUUAUUAAAUUAAAUAUUACAAAGAAAUCUGAUAGAAAAUGUUUCCCUAGAAAAUGUAAUUCAAGGAAUGUUAUUCAAACUGAAUCUUCAAACUCAUUCUAUUCAAGCUGCUGUUUUACGGUAAAGAAGUUCCGCGCGGUGUUGCUUUAACCACGCCCCCUUUUCAGAUCCACGCCCCCGUGACGGCGCAGGUCCCUCAUUGUUGAUCGUUGUCGAGCUUUGUGCGAUCUGUUCGUCUGUAAAUGAGACAUCUGCUGCAUUUCAGUGGAGCCAUGUCGUCACGUGUCACGGUGUAUUUGGACGUGUUGCCAGUUCAUCUCCCAGUAACGGAGAAACAGCCAGACUGGGACUUCACAUGCGUUAGAAGCUGUUAAUUGUAUCACUGCAGUACAGUUUGAAGUGUCUCUUCAGAUCCCGAGGGUGCACGCGUGCGUCAAGAUACACAAAUCUAUCAACGUGUGUGGUCUUUACAUUUUAAAACAUCCAUUUUUAAAGCUGCUUAUCGUAAUUAUAGUUUUAUCUCAAAUGAGAAGUAUAACUGAUUCUAGUUAGACUUUCUAAUGUUCUAUAAAUAAAAAUCCCUGAGACAUAAGGCUCCAGCACACAUGGGAACACUACACUACAGUGCAGUGUCUAUUUGGCCGGUCUGCCUCAACACGUCUUUCCUCCAGGGGUUCCUCACGCCGCUCAUUCGCUCGACUGUGAUCACAACGCCGGCGCCUAAUUAGCUCCAGAGUCUCGUAGCGUGCGUGCACCCUCGGUGAGGAAACUCAUCGUCAGUCAUAACUUUUGUUUUUGCACAACCCAUUUUCAAUAAAAAAAUAAACUUUCUGAAACAGUU